CUGGGCUGCGCUUCAGGUGAACGCGGCGGCACGCAAAGCUGCGGCUCUCAUUCACAGCAAUGCAAACUCUGGCCUAGUUUAUUUACAUACGCCGGAUCAUCACAGACGCUGCUUUUUGACGGAUGAUAUUCAGCGCCUGAUGUGAAUCUGAAACUGAAUGUGAAAUCUACAGGAGGACCAAGUGUCCUGACUCCUGACCGAAGAGCCGUUCUUUUCUGAGAGGCUCAGGUAGAGUUCACAGAAAGCCAAGCCACAUGAAGACAGAAGAUCUGAAGUCUUAUAACCAGACCUUCCUGUGAGAUCGGACGCUGGACACUCUGAUGUGAAACUGAAAGCGAUUCAGAGGUUUGCUCUAUGAAACAGCACCUUGGAAAGUGAGAAGGACCGUAAUGUAAAUAAGCGCGGACGACGUGAAGUAGCCUAUAUGUAUUUUCAGUUAUUCAUUUUUUAUUCAGGAUUAUGUAGGAUUCAGGUCAUCCUCUUUGGCUUCUGCGUGUUUGAAAACUUCAGGAAAAGUACCCAGCAGAGGAAACACUUGUGAAACAUGGAUGUAAUUAGGUUUCCCGAUUUUUUUGAUGAUAAAAACCACUGGGAUCACACAUCUCGUGGUCUUUACUUUAUCAGAUGAGUCCAGUUUCAGAUCUCAAGAAGUUAUUUUGUGACACCUGACGAAGACCUAAAAUGCAGAAGGCAAACAACAGGAAACUGUCUCUGUGCCAGGCCCUCACUCUCAUAACACUACUGAUGUCUCCAAGUUGCCUGUCCUCUCUGCCUUCAUCCAGACGAGUAGAGCUGGGAGGUGAGGGACCACAGAUGCAUAGCCAAAUACAUUUCAUGAAUGAGUGGGCCUCGUGGGGCGGUUGGUCUGUGUGUUCGUGCUCCUGUGGGGGAGGGGCGUCUGUCCGUACACGCACCUGCAUCACCAGAAAUCUGGUAGGAGGGCCGUGCUCGGGGGACACCAGGCAAUACAAGAUUUGUAACACAAAGGAGUGUCCUGCUGACUCUAUGGACUUCAGAGAACUGCAGUGUAAAGCUUUCAAUGACAGACCCCUGGUCGCUGGCAGCAGUUACCGUUGGACUACCUUUCACACACUUACAUAGUGGAGGUGGAAACGUAUUUGAAUGUGUUUAAAGAAUUCAACCCACUAUUAUUAUUUGAUCUCCAUAUUGUGGAGUAGAUUGGUUUGUAUGUGUGUGUGUGUGCAGAAGCCAGGAUGUGACUUGAUCUUUGGAUCUGAGCAGCAGGAGGAUGCCUGCAUGGUGUGUGGAGGCCACAACUCAACCUGCCUUCAUCACAGAAGUGUUUAUCAAAGCAACGGGCAGAACAACGGACUGUUUGGGUACAGUGAGGUCACUAUGAUCCCGGCCGGAGCUACACACAUCAGAGUGACUGAUAACAGCAGAAACUAUCUAGCUCUCCAGAAUGGGCGCUCUCAGUUUGUGAUCAAUGGGAACUGGAAGAUCAAUGUUCCCGGGGAAUACAAUGUGGCAGGAACCAAACUUCUGUAUCGGCGCUCUGCUGAUACCUGGGAGAGUUUCGAAGUUCCAGGACCAACUCAGGAGGACCUGCACAUCAUGGUCUUGUCCACUGAUAAGAACUCUGGGAUUGAAUAUGAGUACUGGCUGCCUCCAGACCGCUAUGCCCUGUAUCAUGGGAGAAGUCAACUUCGGCAGCCUCACCACACAUCAAACCACUUACCCUUUGAACUUCCAACCACUACGACUACCACUACUACCACCACAACCACUACUACAGCACAGCCAGUCACAAAACCUAAUUUCUGGGAUCCUGCUGCUCGCUGGCCUCUUCACCCCCCCUAUCAACAGCAGCCAGUCCCACGUUUGGAAAGAGAUGAAAACCGCAGGAACCGACUGCCUGAAAUACAUCGUAGAGGCCACUGUGGGAAAUGUCGCCAAGUACGAGGGAAAGGUGAGCGCCAGAGACAGUAUUGCCAAAAAGAUUUUGUAUUUCGAGCAAAAGUGCUGGAAAAAGUCUAUCAUGGGGAGGAGACCCGCUUUGACGUCCAAAUCAUCCACACUUAUCGCAACCGUUAUCGUCUGGAGCACCGGGAGUUCCUGUGGGCGCCCAACAAAUGUGACUGUCCCUUUCUGCAGGAGGGGCAUCAAUACAUAUUGAUGCUGCGACGGCAUAUUAAUUAUGAACGCACUCUCAAUCGCAUCCUGUUGGAGGAGGACAGCUACGCUCAGCCUUAUCGAGCACGUGAGGACAGCCUGCUGCGCCCCCUAGAGGAGCUCUGCGGUAACAGAGGCAGCAGGACUCAGUUCAGGGGGUAAACACAUGGACGAUCACACUUUCACUGCACACUAGUUCUGAAGUUCAACUAUUGUGCCAAAAAACAAGGCACAGACAGAAACCCCGCUCUGACACAGAAUUGAAAUCAAUGAUGACUUUACUAAAGCAUUUUGCAUUCCUCAAUAAAGACAAUGGACACUUUGUCGGGAUGAAUUAUGUCCAUGAGGACAAUUAUGGGCAUGAGGCAAACCAAAGCAAAGAGAGUCACUAAAUGAAGCACUUUAGGUGGACAGUCACCUUCUUUUAAAAUUGUACACCUAAGUAAAUAAUACACAGAAUUUAUGAUGCCCUUUCUAGCACCACGUGUUAAUGGCAUAAAAUAAUUUGAGAGCAUGUCUGUCUUUAUCAUGUGCAUUUUUAUGUUGUUUUUUAUAUAUGUAUUUAUAAGCAGACAGUAUUUCUAGAGGAAACCUUGAUUUAUAUAUUGCCUUAUUUUACAUGUUUACCAUCAAUAUAUUUGCUUUUAUCAUAUUGAAAUGAUAAUGAGUGUUUAUGAGUCACACAUAUUUACACAUUCAAGAUAAGCAGCAUAUACAUAUAACUGUCUAUGGUGGAGCACUUUUGCCAAUGAACAGUUGUUUUCCGCUUUAUGUUUGGCAGCUGUUUUUCCCAUUCGUCAUUAGCAGACUAACUAAGAUUAUCUUAUUACCUUGCUGUGGUUGUUAAAUUAUAGUCCAGCCUUUCUACAAAACACACAUAAACUCUAGAAUGUGUUUUGUUAAAAAUAUAUUUACAAAAAUAACUUCUCUUUUAUGACAGUGACAUCAAACUUUCUAACAUAAACAUGUAAUUAGAGCUAAAUAGGCUGGCUGUAGCCUUGUUUUUAAAGUCAUUAUACUUUAGAUAACAGCUUUUUCUCCCUGUGGCCUCUGAUUGGCUGAGAAAGGGGGCGGGCUAAACCCCCAGAGAAUAUAUAUAUACACACAUAUACAUACAUACGUACAAGCCACAGAUCAAUGAAAUAAAGCAUUGCUCACAUAAUUUAUCCAACUUAAUAUACAUAAAUAUAACAAAAGCUUAAAUUAAAUUGUAAAAAGCCUAUUUCAGAUAGUUUCCAUAUAUCUAUGCUGUAAGCCAAUGAAAAAUUCUUCUACAUUUUAGAAAAAAACACUAAAUGUACAGACAUCCAGCUUGUCCAGAAAAUGUUAAUGUUCCUUUUGGCAAUUGUUACACAUCCCCUAAAGGCAUGCUUGUACAGUCUUAAACAUGGUUAACAUUUUCUGUUCCCAUGUUGAAUUGCAUUCAUAGUGCUGGUGAUUUUAAUCCUAACAGGAUUAUCUGGAGGAUCAAUGUUCAUUUAACUAACGUCUUCUCUUCA